UACUGUUUCCUUAAUUUCCAAAAAAAUACACCUCUACGCGCGAGGAUCCCCAGACACGGAGGAAAGUAGUGGAGAUCCGGACGGAACGAAGAAUUGGAAGGGACAAGGCCAGAUUCAAGCUUUAAAUUGCCCGUUCGAGAGUGACAUUGAUGGAGCAUUGCGAAACCGGUUCAAUGAACCAAGCCACAAUGGUCACAUGAGAA